CUGCGCCCUGAAGAGGUUUCAAGAUUUGUCCGGAUACGUGGAGGAACGUAAGGCGGUCCUAGAAUCACUCCUGAAGAACCUCUGCCAGCUCAAACUUUUCUCCUCUUUUUAUUUUUUAUUCUUUGUAGACAAAAAUGGCUCCCUCCACACCUUCCCACCUCUUCUCUCUGUGUUUGCUCGCCUUUUUCAUCUCGGCGGUGAACUCUCAGUACGAAAAGUACAGCUUCAGGAGCUUCCCCAGACACGAGCUGAUGCCCCUGGAGUCCGCCUACAAGUACGGGCUGGACCAGUACACGGCGGAGAAGUGGCAGGAAACGGUGGAGUACCUGGAGGUGUCGCUGCGCCUCUACCGCCUGCUGCGGGACAGCGAGGCCUUCUGCAACCUGAACUGCAGCUCCGUGCGGCUGGACGACGAGCAGAAGUUUGCGGACUUCCCGGAGCUGCGGGCGUUCGGGAAUGUGAUGAAGAGGGCGCAGUGCCUGAAGCGCUGCAAGCAGGGGCUGCCAGCUUUCAGACAGAGCUUACCCAGUAGAGACACCAUCGAUGAGUUUGAUCGGAGAGAGCCCUACAAAUACCUGCAGUACGCCUACUUUAAAUCCAACAACCUGGUCAAAGCUGUGUCUGCUGCUCACACUUUUCUGCUGAAACACCCGAAUGAUGAGAUGAUGCAGAAGAACAUGGCUUAUUACAAGAGUCUGCCUGGAGCUGAAGAACAUCUGAAAGAUCUGGAGACCAAAUCCUAUGAGACUUUAUUUUUGCGCGCCGUGAAGGCGUAUAACGGUGACAACUUCCGGACGUCGGUGUCAGACAUGGAGCUGGCACUGAGGGACUUCUUCAAGGUCUACGACGAGUGCCUGGCUGCGUCCGAGGGUCCGAGACACGUCAAAGAGUUUAAAGAUUUCUACGCCUCCAUAGCUGAUCACUACACUGAAGUCCUUGAGAGAAAGGUGAUGUGUGAAAGUGACCUGACACCCAUAGUCGGAGGCUUCGUUGUUGACAAGUUCGUGGCGACGAUGUAUCACUACCUGCAGUUUGCCUAUUAUAAACUGAAUGACCUGAAGAACGCGGUGCCGUGUGCGACCAGCUACGUUCUGUUUGACCCCAACGAUGAGGUCAUGAACAACAACGUGGCCUACUACAAGUACCACAGAAACAAGUGGGGGCUGACGGAGGAGGACUUCCUCCCCAGAGCAGAGGCAGUGCGAUACUACAAUCAAACCACCCUGCAGCUGCAGAUGUUGGAGUUUGCGAAGCAACGCCUUGUGAGCGACGAUGAGGGAGAAGUGGUGGAGUUUAUAGACGAAUUUCUGGACGAGGACCAAUAGCACACAUGGAAACACUCCAAAAUACUCGAUUAGAAAUGACUAAACACUCCAACAGUCUGUAUUUAUUUGAAUACUGCGUUUUUUUAAAUUAUUUAACAAUUUGGUAUUGCCUCCUCCUCUAAAGCACCAGUUGUGUUUGUAAUUUGUAAUUUUGUGCAGCAAAUAUCCAGUUUUACCAUCUUCUGAAUUCAUUCAAUACUGUGAAUGGUGUUAUUUUUUUAUGACAAUAAACAAAGUUUCCGGAGUCUUUUCUUCCAUCACUUCCAUGUUUUGAUGUUAGGCGUAAGGAUGUUGAUGUUUUCUUUGAUAUAUUCUUUGCUUUGUCUAUUAAAAAGGAAGAAACAGCUAAAAUAGAUACUCAUUCAAAUCUAAAUAAGAAAUCCAGAAUAUAUUUAGACAAAGUCUGGUGAAUUACUUUUAGUGU